AUGUAAUAAUAAUAAUAAACAAACUAAUAGGAACUAAGAUAGAUUUUUUAGUUGUUUUCUUAAGAUGGAGGGGAAGAUAUAAAUAUAGCCCAAAUAAAUUAAUUGAUAAAAGAUUUAGAAACCAUUAAUAUGGAUUCCUAAACAAUCAAUGUGCCAUUUUAACCAGGAAGAAGAUUGGCCAAAAAAGGAAAUUCAAAUGACAACUUAGAGGAUGGUUAAAAAGAUAGUUCUCCCAAAUCCCCAACUUAUGUAUCUGUAACCGAACUCAAAUAUUUCCCAAAUAAUAAGACCACUAUGCAAUUUUCAGAUUUUUCUGAACUUUUUAAUGAAUGUAUGUCAAAUAAGGAUCAACAUGAUGAACUAUUAGAGAGUGCAUUUGCGAUUUUUGAUUAUGACAAAUCUGGCCAUAUUGAUUCGAAGAAAAUAAGGAAAGUAUUUUAGAAAUUUAAAGAUAAUACAAAUGAGGAAGAAAUUCAAAGUAAUAAUGAUGCUACGUUUAGAUGUUUUAAAGUUUUGUGGAGUGCUACAUGA